AUGUUCUGCGAUGCUGCACCCUUUAUAGAACCCACUAAUAAUAAUAAUAAUGAAGAAGAGUAUGUUUUUAGAGAUGUAUUAGGCUCUAAAUUUGAAGGUUAUAACGGUGUUUUUUCACCAAUCAAUACUUUGAUUAAAAUUAAGUUAAGAACUAAGUUUCACUCUAUGGAAAUUGUGAUACAUUUUAUAAAACAAUACGCUCUUCAAAAUAACUUUACCGUCUUUAAGCAUAAGACUGAAAAAUUUUUAGAUAGUACUUGUAGAAAAAGGGUAUUUAAGUGUGAUUUGGAAGGAAGGUAUGUUGAAAAACAUUCAAGACCGAUAUUAGCAACUGUAACGUUAUUUAAUAAUGAACACAACCAUGAGAUUUCUAUUGAAACUGUGAAAUUUUCUACCACUUAUAAAAAUUUUUCUGAAGAAAUCAUGGAACAGAUAGAAUUUUAUGUUGUGUAUGACCGAUGUGAUGCAGGAACAAUUAGGAACCUCCUUCAACCAAAGUAUCCUGAUUGUCCUCUUGAAUUACAAGCUAAUAAUCUUGCAUGGUUUAUAAAGCCAUUAAUAGAUGAUACAAAUAACCACGUGAAAGUAUCAGAUGAUGGUUCAUUUGAACCUUUCUUUGAUAAAGUAGAAGAUUCUGCCAAAUCUCUUAUUGAAGCUGAUGAGGAUCAGGAGCUUGACUUGAAAUCUUUGAUUUCAAUGGUUAGUUUUAAUGAUAUUUUAGAAGUUUAG